AUGUCGUGGAAAACCAUAAGCAAUGAAGCUCAAGCCGCAGUGCUGGCGGCCAUUCCAACCGGCUGGCGGUUAGAUGUUGACAAAUAUAGGUCGCUGAAGGAUGUGACAAGUGUGCCUUCUGCAAGUGGAAUCUUAACAAGAGAGCAACUCAAAAUUACCGAGCUCACGGUCGUCGAAAUUGUGAACCGUCUGGAGUCUCGCGAAUUGAAAGCAGUGCAGGUCAAUUGCCUGACCGAUUGGUUUUUUGAAGAUGGUCUCCAGCAGGCGAAAGAGCUUGAUGAGACUCUAAACAAGGGUGAGAAGUUAAAGGGGCCAUUGCAUGGAGUUCCUAUCGCUUUAAAGGAUUCCCACGAAGUCGAAGGCCAUGUCGCAACAAUGGGCUACGUUUCAAGGAGGAAUAACAUUGCAAAGCAAGAUUCUGCGCUUGUAGCAACAUUGCGUGCUGCAGGCGGAGUUUUCUUCUGUAAGACAACGAUGCCUCAGUCGGGCAUGGCUUUGGAGACAGUCAGUAAUCUUUGGGGCCGCACUACAAACCCGUUCAACAGAGACUUGGGUGCCGGCGGUAGCUCGGGCGGAGAUGCAACUCUAGUAGCCUUGAGAGGCAGCCCAAUCGCCCCUUCGACCGAUAUGGGGGGCUCUAUUCGUGUCCCGGCCGCUUUCAACGGGCUAUAUGGCAUUCGACCCACGUCGGAUCGCAUACCCAAAGGUGGCAUGCAAAACACCAACACCGGGAAUCUCACAAUCAAACUGUCUUGUGGUCCCGUGUGCCAUUCUCUCGGCGAUCUUGGAUUAUUUACCAAAGUCAUCAACGCACACCCGAGCAACAAAUAUGAUGUGACUUCCGUGCCUGUGCCUUGGAGAACCCUGGAUUAUUCAGGUCGCAAACUCACGGUCGGACUAUUGACUUGGGAUGGAGCUGUAAUGCCUCACCCACCGGUAUUACGAGCUCUUGCACACAGCAAAAAGACUCUUGAGAAGGCCGGACACGAGGGCAAGUUGGCUUUUUUUACUUCUCUCUCUUUAAGAAUCUUCAUAGAAUCCAUGCUAAUUCUAUUUACAGUCAUCGAUUUCAAGCUACCUUUUGAUGCCUGGGAUGCUCUUCAAACCACGUUUGAAAUCUAUUAUCAAUCGGGGUCUCAGGGAACUAGGUCUACUCUGGCAGCUGCUGGGGAGCCUAUUAUACCAGCUUUUGCCGAUCUGCUCAAGGUUUUCAACCCCCGAGAGCACUCUGCUGCAGAGGCAUUACAACUGAACCUCAAAACAAGAGCCCUCAAGGAACAAUUUACAGAUGCAUGGAACAAUACAGUUGGUGGCUCUGGCCGUGCUAUUGAUGCACUCAUAGCACCCCCAGCCCCUGCAGUGGGAUAUCCUCAUGACUUCAACAUAUACUGGGGAUAUACCUCGUUGUUCAAUCUUCUUGACUAUCCCUCUGUCAUCUUGCCAAUUGCCAACUUCAAGGUGGAUCCCCAGCUAGACCCCGUGGAUGAAAUGUACCGACCGUUGGAAACAAAUCCCUACGAUCAGCGCAACCAUGAACUGUAUGAUCCGGGUUUGUUCGCAAACCAACCGUCAACUAUCCAGAUUGUGGGUCGCCCUUUCGAGGAUGAAGAAAUUAUUCAAGUGUCCUCAAUACUGGAUACCUUGUUUAAGGCUUCUUAA